AUGAGCAACCAGGUCAUUGUUUUAGACAAUGGCUCAUCUACCAUAAAGGCGGGAUUCGCCGGAGAUGUUAAACCACUUGUUGUUCUACCCAGCUAUGUUGGUCGUCAGAAAAAUGAGCGUGUGAUGGUGGACGCGCCGAAUGAAGACGCGUAUGUCGGAGAACAGGCGCGUAAAUACCGCGGUAUUUUAAAGCUGAGUUAUCCGAUUGAUCGAGGGAUCAUUAAGGAUGAGACAGAUUUGGAAUUGCUAUGGAAAGAAGUGUUUAAUCAAUUGAAUGUGAGUAGUGCUGGACAUCCGUUAUUGAUAAGUGAUUCAGCGUUGUUGCCCACAAGUAAUAAAGAGAAGUUGGUGCAGAUUGCAUUUGAGUCAUUUGGUGUGCCGAUGGUGUGUGUGAUGUCACAAACGGUUUUGGCGUUGUAUGCAACGGCACGUACGACGGGUACUAUUUUGGAUGUAGGAGAAGGCGGUACACGUGUGACAUCUGUAGCUGAGGGUUUUGCACUACCGCACAGUGUGGAGGCUACAGCGGUGGGUGGUCGUGAUGUGACGAUGUAUCUUCAAAAAUUACUUAAGCAACAGGGAUUACGAUUGGAAACAUCGAGCGAACUAGAAAUUGUGCGAGAGAUUAAGGAAACUGUCUGUGCUGUAGCCGCAACAGCUCUAGACAAAAAAAACCUUGGCACCACUCUCGGCGGUGCUGAGGCUGGCGCCGUCUCCUAUACACUUCCUGAUGGCGCUAUCGUCAAGAUUGCCAACCGUCAUGCAGCACCAGAAAUUCUGUUCAACCCUGCUUUAGACGCACGCGAGGCUCACGGAAUCCCGCAACUUGUCCAUCAGGCCAUAACCAACUGCGACCUAGAUCUGCGACGCCAUCUCUGCGCCAGCAUCGUCGUCACAGGUGGCUCCACACUCUUCGGAGCCUUCCUUGACCGCUUCGUCAACGACUUCAAACGACUACAACCCAAAGAUGCACUCAUUCGAGCAUACGCACCCGUCGAUCGACAAUACUGUGCCUUCAUGGGUGGUACCGUCGUCGGCAUGCUCCCCUCAUUCAAGUCACUCAUGAUCUCACGCACACAAUAUGACACAGAUGGCGUCGCCGCAGUACACCGCAACUUUUGCUGA